GUGGAGGCGAGCAGCUGGGCCAGGCUAUGGCGUGGGCUGGAGGGUAGCAGAGGCAGCGGCUGCGGCGUGACUCCGGAGCCUGCCCAGAUGCCGUGAGCUGCCGCCAUGACGGAGGAGUGGGCUCCCCAACUGGUGGACUACUUCGUGGUGGCCGGCUUGGCAGAUACAUCCAAGACGCUUGAGGAUGAGAGCCAGGCGCCCCGGCCUGCCCGGCCCAGCGAGCCCAUUGUGGAUGUGGCUGUCAUCGUCCGCUCUCAGGGCGAGGAGGUCCCCCAGGGCUUCACCUGCAUCGACCGCACCACGUCCGGGAACCCUGUGGAGCUCAACGCUGGCCUGCUCAACAACCCCCAAAUGUACAUCUGUUACAAGCGGGGCCGGGACAAACCGCCCAUUGUCGAACUGGGGGUACACUAUGACGGGAAAGAUCGCCCCAAGCCGGGCUUCAAAAUCCUCGACACAACUCCCUACAGCCACUCGGCUAACCUGACCUCGGGGGGACCCGGGCACCAGCGCACGUUCCUGGCGUACCGGCGGGCCAGCGAGGGCCAGGCUUACAGCACGCUGGGCAUCACCGACAUUUGCCUUAUCAUGCCAAGCAAAGGCGAGAGCACGCCCCACACCUUCUCCCGCGUGGACCGGAACCUCAACGCCGGCAUGUGGGGCCCGGCCCUCUUCAUCUGCUACAAGAUCGCGUUGGCUAAAGGAAACACUCUGGUGUACGAGGCAGGUCUCCUUAGCCGCUACCCGGAAGAAGAUAACGAAGCUUUCCCCCUGCCUGAAUCUGUUCCCGUUUUCUGCCUGCCCAUGGGGGCCACCAUCGAGAGCUGGCCGGCUGAUCCCAAGUACCAACUCCCUGUCUUCUCCACUUUUGUGUUGACCGGAGCUUCGGGGGACAAGGUGUAUGGUGCUGCCAUCCAGUUCUACGAGCCCUUCCCACGGGAACGCCUCUCGGAGCGGCAGUGCGUGUGGCUCAACCUGCUGACCGUGGUCGACCGGCGUCCCAUCACCAGCAAGUCGGUACAGACGCGCAAGAGCAUCUGCGUCUUGUCUCACUGGCCCUUCUUCGACGUCUUCCACAAGUUCCUCACUUUCCUCUACCGCUACAGCAUCUCAGGGCCGCACGUGCUGCCUCUCGAGGCGCACAUCUCUCAUUUCAUGCACAAUGUUCCCUUCCCGUCUCCGCAGCGACCUCGGAUCUUGGUUCAGAUGUCUUCCUACGAUAACCUGCUUCUCUGUGAACCCGUUUCAUCUCCGCUGCCGCUAAGCGGCGCCAGUUUCCUCACCCUGCUGCAGACGCUGGGCCCCGAAAACGCCGUCGCCCUCAUGGUGGCCGUGCUCACGGAGCAGAAGCUACUGAUCCAUUCCCUCCGGCAGGACGUCUUGACCAGCGUGGGCGAAGCCCUGGUCUCUAUGAUCUUCCCGCUGCACUGGCAGUGCCCGUACAUCCCACUGUGCCCGCUCACCCUGGCCGACGUGCUGUGCGCCCCGGUGCCCUUCAUCGUGGGCAUCCACUCUAGCUACUUCGACCUCCACGACCCUCCGCAUGAUGUCAUCUGCGUCGAUCUGGACACCAACACCAUCUUCCAGUGUGAGGAGCGGAAGCUGCUGUUGCCGCGGUCCCUGCCCCGGAAACCGUGCAAGGUGCUGUUGGCUUCGUUGAACUCCCAGUACCAUCAGUUGGAUGAGAUGUACAAUCGGCCGGUCGAGGAGGCGACGCUGGAGUUCCUGCUGACCGAUUACGACGUCAUCUACGGCCGACGGAAGCAGCUAGAGCUGGACAUCCAGGGAGCCUUUCUACGCUUCAUGGCUUGCCUCUUGAAAGGCUACCGCACCUAUCUCCUGCCGAUCACCCAGGCACCUUCCGAGAAGACCCGGGACUCCAGCAGCCUCUUCUCCCUCCAGGGCUUCCUGAAAUCGCGGGACCGAGCCUACCACAAGUUCUACGUGCAGCUCUUGCGCACCCAGCUCUUCACCCAGUUCAUUGAAGAGUGCUCCUUCGUCAGCGACCGGCACACUUGCCUGGAGUUUUUCGACUCCUGCGUUGAGAAGGUGCAGGUGGAUCUGGAGAAGCCGGAGGAAUCCCCCCUGAUCGAACUGGACGACACGCACGGCAGCGAACACACCGUCUUUAUCAUGCCUCCCGAGGAGCCGACCGCCCCCAACGGUUCUGAGCUGCUACCACGUUACCAGUACGACGGCUUCCCCAAGCUCCAGGCCCAGCUUUUUGAGCGCCCCCAGGACCAGCUCAUGCCCUCGCUUUGCCAAGCCCGGAGCAGCGCUCCAAGCAGCCCCGCGCCACGCAGGACCAAGCAGGAAAUGAAGGUGGCCCAGAGGGUAGCACAGAAGUACUCCUCGGUGCCCGACAUGUGGGCGAAGUGCCUGCUCGGCCACUGUUACGGCCUGUGGUUCAUUACGCUGCCCACCUACGUCCGCGCAGCGGCUUCCAAGGUGCGGGCCCUGCAGACGGCGUACGAGGUGCUCAAGCAGAUGGAGACCAAGAAGGUGGUGUUGCCGGACGAGGUUUGCUAUCGGAUCCUGAUGCAGCUAUGUGGGCAGCAUGGUGAGCCAAUCCUCUCAGUGCGGGUCCUGCUAGAGAUGAAGCGGGCUGGGAUUGUGCCCAACACCAUCACCUAUGGCUACUAUAACAAGGCCAUUUUGGAGUGCAAGUGGCCAUCGAGUACCCAGGGAGGCCGCCUCCGCUGGGCCAAACUCCGCAACGUGGUCCUGGGGGCCGCCCAGUUCCGGCAGCCGUUGCGCCAACGUCAGCACGAGGCGGGAUUGCAGAGCCUCAGCGCCCAGUCCGAAGGCCGAGACGCCAAGACGCCAAGGUCCCGAUCCCGUUCCAGCCUGCAGCGGCAGACCACGUGGUCCGGCGGCAGCGUGAACGAGAGCCUGCCCUCAACAUCUCUGGUGAAGAGCGGUAGCGUGAGCUUUCCUCCACGCGAAUCAGAAGCUGUGACCAAAACCCUGGCUGGGUCCAACCCCGGAAGCAGCGACACGCUCCCCGCCCUCCCCCGCUGGCUGCGGGGCCUGCAGGACGGGCCCGGAAGCUCCGAGGACGGCAGCCUGUCGGACGUCAGCAGCUUCCUGACCGACGAGAGCGACCGGUUGACCCUCAGUAGCGUGGACACCCAGCCAGGGCCGGGGUUGCCUGAGGGGGCUGGGCCGGGCCAGGUGUCCGAGAACCGUGGUCUGGGGGGCACGCCGCGCAGGAGCCUGUCCGCCAAGAUCCACCAGCUGCUGUCGCCCAUCAAGCGGCCUUCGCUGAGACACGCGGCCGCCACAGAGCACUCGCGCUGCGGGUCAGAGCAGCACGAGAAUCCCCCUCGCCGCAGCCCACUGGAGGGCCACUUGUUGCUUCCCCGCGAGCGCCCGGGCUCCACUGCAUCUGAGAGCUCUGUCUCGCUGGGCAGCGAAUACGAUCUCUCGGACACCUCCGUGUGCAGCUUCAACCUCCGCAAAUCCAGCGACCGGCUGUUGGAGCCUCCGGCCGUCGAGGUGCUACUUUCCACCUGUUCGCGGUGCCAGGCAUGCAGCUCAUUGGUGUACGACGAGGAGGUCAUGGCGGGAUGGAGCUCCGACGAUUCCAACCUCAACACCAACUGCCCGUUCUGUGGCCGGCCCUUCGUGCCUUUUCUCAGCAUCGAGAUCCAGGAUUUCCAAGUCGCCCCCAGCAUCACCGAUAGCUCCGAAACGAGCUCCGUCUCCUCUGAUUGGCCGCGGGACAGUGAAGCGCCGGUCCCGGGCGGCCAGGGCCCCGUGCUCAGUGACCGCUACCACUGCCUCUCGCUGGAUGAGGCUGAGCCGGAACCUGGGAGGGAAUCCAGAGCCGGGUCCUUAUGCAAUGGCUUCACCGAGUCUCCGGUCCCUCGGGGUUCCACCCCACACAUAGAGCAUCUGGCUUUCGCCUACCUGAGCCCUUUGGUUCUGCGCAAAGAGCUGGAAACCCUGCUGGAAAACGAAGGAGGGGAGUUCCUGUCGCAGCCCGAGCUGGUGGACAACCACCCCAUCAUUUACUGGAACCUGGUGUGGUAUUUCCAGCGCCUGGGCCUGCCCAGCAGCCUGCCCCAGCUGCUCCUGGCUUCCAAGCAUGUCCGGUCCCCACCCCAGGGCCUGACCCAGGAGGGACCGCUCGUGAGCGUGCGUUUGCUCUGGGAUGUUUUGACGCCGGACCCCGACAGCUUCCCCCCGCUCUACGUCCUCUGGAGGUUCCACGGGAAUAUCCCAACUCGCCUCCAGUCCUGGCGACGACACAACCAUCCUUUCUCUCUCUCCUUCCUGGAAGCCAUCCUGAGCUCCGUCGGGAUGGGCGAGGUCCACAAGGCCAUCGGCCUCUUUUUGGAAACCGUGGCGGGGCAGUCCAACGCCGUACACCUGCAGAGGAGUGUUUACCGCGAGAUCCUCUUUCUUAAGCUUGCGGCGCUGGGCAGAGACCACGUCGACAUUGCUGACUUCGACAAGAAAUACAAGUCUGCCUAUUCCAAGCUAGCCAGCAACAUGGGGAAGGAGUCCCUGAAACAGCGGAGGGCCCAGCCGCUCACCUCCAAAGCCGUCGACUGCCGGAAGAGUUUCGGGUCCAACCUGGAAUGCUAGCAGGGGGGCGGAGGCUUUUCUCCUUCCUGCCCCCCUCCUCCCCUGCCCCUGCAAUUCCUGCUGCAUCGGAAUAACCAAGGAUUGAACUGGAGCUCGAUACCAAAUCCUGAUGGGAGCGGUUUGCUGCAACAGCACCUCCCUCCUGUUUUCGGCGCCUCCGGGUGAUGUCCUCGGGUGGGGAGCGGGGAGGCAUAGGAUGAGAGGGCCGGCGCCGUCACUGACCUCUGAGCAGGCCCCUCCGUUUCGGCCCGGCGCUCCUGGAUCAUCCCCCCCCCCUUAAAAAACAGCGAGGGAAAAGGAACUGACGAUGGUUGUCGGCAUCAGCCAGGGGGAGGCGGUGGGUCUCGGGGACCACAUACAAUUUGGGAGUGGGGGUGGCUUACAGCCUCCCGAUCCUGGCCCAGCACUGCACUUUGCAUGUGCAUGCGACGCCCCGACACCGCCGUCCCCCCCACACCCCGUCCUUGCCUGGGCGGCUUCCUAAAACCCGUCUCCUUUUUGUGCACAGUGUUACUUCCGCCACGUGGGUGUGGUCGUCCCUCCAUCCGUCGAUCGCAGGUCCCCGGCCGCCUCUCUUUCUCCCCCCCACCCCCCGCCAAAUCAGGGUUUAAUUUGGGAGAGGGCUGCCCUCGACCACGGCCCCUCCCCUCUCCCCUCCCCCCCCACCCCCUUCUAGCCAAGUUGGAUUAUUUUUUUACCGUCAGUGUUAAAAAAAAAAAGAAAAGAAAAGGCUAUUUUAUAAUUUAUUUAUUAUUAAGCCCUUUUGCUCAAACAAACCUCCACUUCGUUGCUUGUGCUUUAACUGUAAGGAAAGUGAGCCCUAGAGCGGUCACCGGGGCGGAAAGGGGGGGUACAUCCUGUGCUCCACCCCGCUCUUUCUCCCCUUCAUCCUACUCAGAGGGGCAGCCCCACAAGUCCUUUGUAGAGAGCACUUCCCCAACUUUUCCGGUGCUGUGGGCUGCGUCUGUACGAGGAGGCAAAGUGGGGAAGGGAAAAGGCAUGACCGACCCCCCCCCCCACUCAGGUAAUAUUCGGCCAGUGUUCUCUGCCCUCCGCUUCCUCAGGGCUCGGAUUGUGCAAUAUGGAGUCGGUCUUCGUCAAGCCCCUAUUCGGUGUUUCGUCCCUUUUCGUUCGUUCAUUCGUUUUUGAUGUUCCUGGUUCUGUAAAUAAAGAUGCUUCUGUAUUUUC